AUGUCCAGAGACGCGCCAAUCAAGGCAGAGAAGGAUUACACUGAAAUUCUGAAGGAGGAGCUACCCAAGAUCAAGCAUUUGGCUAUAAAUGACUCUCAAGGUGCAUUGGAUCAAUUGCUAGUCUUAGAAAAGAAGACUAGACAAGCAUCUGAUCUUGCUUCUUCAAAGCAGGUGCUUGAGAGGAUUGUGGAGCUGCUUGUUGAAAAGAAUAAAUGGGAUGAUUUGGACGAACAGCUUACAUUGCUGUCAAAAAAGCAUGGGCAGCUGAAGCUCUCGAUUCAAUACAUGAUUCAGAUAAUUAUGGAGCAUUUGAAGGCAGAUAAAAUCGAUUUAGAUACAAGGAUUGCAGCUAUUGAGACUAUUAGAACCGUUACCGAAAACAAGAUAUUUGUAGAGGUGGAAAGAGCAAGGGUCACUAGAGAUCUAGCAAAUAUUCGUAAGGAACAGGGGGAUAUUGAGGAGGCAGCCAAGAUUUUGUGUGAACUGCAAGUGGAAACGUAUGGGUCUAUGGAUAUGUCCGAGAAGAUUGAAUUUAUUCUAGAGCAGAUGGAAUUAAGCAUAUUGAUUGGUGAUUUUACGCAAGCGACAGUAUUGUCGAGGAAAAUUUUGAAGAAGACUUUCAAUAAUGCAAAAUACGAGGCUUUAAAACUAAGAUAUUAUGAGUUGUUAACCAAAAUUGGCCUUCAUAAGAAGGAUUACUUGGAGGUAGCCCAGUAUUUUCAAGAAAUUUAUCAAACUGGGUCUGUUAAGAAAGAUGGAGAUGCAUGGAAACACGCGUUAUCGCAUAUGGUUUAUUUUCUGAUUUUAUCACCAUACGGCAAUUUGCAAAAUGAUCUUAUCCAUAAGAUCCUGCUAGAUAACAAUUUGAAGAAAUUGGAAACGCAGGAAUCACUCGUGAAACUUUUCACAACUCAAGAAUUGAUGAGAUGGGCGAUAGUUAAAAAAACUUAUGAGCCUGUAUUGAACAAAGAUGAUAUUGCAUUUGGUGGGAAACCAAAUAAGCAUCAUUGGGAAGAGUUUCGGAAGAGAGUAAUUGAACACAAUCUAAGGGUCAUUUCUAAAUACUAUUCGAGGAUUUCGUUACCAAGAUUAAAUGAAUUGUUGGAUUUAACCGAAUCUGAUACAGAAACUUUCAUCAGUGAUUUGGUCAAUCAAGGAAUCAUAUAUGCGAAGAUAAAUAGACCUGCUAAAGUGGUUAAUUUUGAGAAACCUAAGAAUUCUAGUGAGCUACUGAAUGAAUGGUCUUCGAAUGUUGAUCAAUUAUUAGAGCACAUUGAAACAAUUGGUCAUUUGAUAACUAAGGAGGAAAUUAUACAUGGUUUGAAGGCCAAAUAG